AUGAAUCCAUUGAUUUGUAUGAUAUUCUGCAGUUUUAUCUGCUUAACAGAAUCGAAAGUUUUUUUUAAUUAUCAUCACCCAUCAUCAAAAACGCAACGUCUUGUUUAUGUUGGCACGUAUACAGAGGGAACUUCAAGCGAAGGAAUCUAUGCUUAUCAACUAAACUCGAAAACUGGUCAGUUGAACAAAUUAGGUCUCGCUGCUAAAACAUCGAAUCCGUCUUAUUUCAUUAUUCACCCGAAUACACGUUAUUUAUAUGCGGUCAAUGAAUUAGAGCAAUAUGAAGGAAAAUCAGCUGGUGCUGUCAGCUCAUUUGAAAUAAAUAAACGUAGUGGUACAUUACAAUAUUUGAAUAGUCAAACAUCACUUGGUGCAGCACCAUGUUACAUCUCGACAGAUAAAGAAGGUAAAAAUGUUCUAGUAGCCAAUUACAAUGGUGGAAAUGUAGCUGUACUACCAAUCAACAAAAAGAGUGGACAAUUAUCACCAUCCAGUAGUUUUCAACAACAUACAGGAUCAAGUGUAAAUAAAGAUAGACAGAACGAACCACAUGCUCACAGUAUCAGAUUAGAUCAACAAAACAAAUUUGCGCUAAGCGCUGAUUUAGGUACUGAUAAAAUCUACAUCUAUUCUUAUAAUUCUAAAAACGGCACUAUAACACCAAAUUCUCAAUCACCUUUUGGCACGAGUACACCAGGAUCCGGUCCACGCCAUUUGAUAUUUAGUCCAAAUAAUAAACAAAUUUAUGUGAUGAAUGAACUUACUUCAAAUAUUGAUGUUUUUGAUUAUGAUCAAAAAUUAGGCAACAUGAAAUUGGUACAAACCGUUUCCACAUUACCCAAUAAUCUUACGUUAAAAUCAAAUAGCGGUGCAGAAAUUCUUUUACAUCCAAAUGGAAAAUAUUUGUAUAGUUCAAAUCGUGGUCACAAUAGUAUAGCCAUUUUUACAGUAGAAAAAAAGAGUGGAAAAUUAAAUUUAAUUGGAAAUGAAUCAACUCAAGGUCAAACACCAAGAAAUUUUAAUAUAGAUCCCACAGGACAAUAUAUGAUUGUAGCAAAUCAAGAUUCAAACAAUUUGGUUAUAUUUAGAAUAAAUUCACGUUCAGGAAAAUUGAAUUCAACAGGACAAAUAGUUGAAUUAGAAAAACCAGUUUGUAUUAAAUUUUUAUAG